CUGUUUGGAGCCGAGAAGCUCACAGUCUGACUGGAAUCCCCCAGGCGAACGGAUCUGAAAGUACUUACAAGAAAAGUUCCUAGCUAAGCAAUGUUUUCUAUCGGCUUUUGCUGGCUUCUAGCCCUUUGCGGUUGCACUUUUGCCUAUAUAGAGCUCCCGGAGGCCUAUCUCACUGCUAUUAAGCAGGAUCGGGCAGACGAGCAGGCGGCAGGCGAGUACAACUACGAUGAGCAGGGCGAUGACUGGACGGGAACGUGCCAAAGUGGGGAGAACCAGUCUCCCAUAGAUUUGAUUUAUGAAGAUUCCAAAAUUGUGGCGAUUCCGCGCCUGCGUUUCAACUACUAUGAUCAACCAUUGCAAACCCCCUUGGUGAUUAUCAAUAAUGGACACACAGCUAACAUGGUAAUACCGCAAACUCGAGGUGGCCAACGGCCCUCCAUUAAUGGCAGCCUCUUGCCCGGAAACUUCGAGGCCCAGAGCGUGCAUUUCCAUUGGGGAUCAGGGAACUCCAAGGGAUCGGAGCACGCCAUCAACUUUCAGCGUUACGACGUGGAGAUGCACAUCGUUCAUAAGAACACCAUAUACGAUACGAUGGGCGAGGCCACCAUGCAUCCCGAUGGCCUGGCUGUUCUGGGGGUUAUGUUCAGAGCGGUGGAUCGGCAAAUCUCCCAGCACUACGGACUCAACAAGAUCUUCAACCAGCUGCCGAGAAUCGUGCAAUACAACUCCAAUGCCACGAUAACCGGCAGACUGACCGUGGGCCAGUUGCUGGGUAAUAUUGUGACUGGAGAGUUCUUCACGUACAAUGGAUCUCUGACCACACCGGAUUGUGCCGAAGCGGUCACGUGGACCGUUUUCCCCGAUGUUCUUGACUAUCCGCGUCGUCAGAUCGCAAAACUCUGGAACCUCAGAGACUCGCGAAAGAAACCGCUCAUCGAUAAUUAUCGCAGCAUUCAGGACACCAAUAACAGAGAUGUCUAUUACCGAGCCAUUCAAUAAAGAAUAUUUAAGUAAAUAACACCUUAAUUUUGAUUUGUUAUAUUUCUUUUACAUCACCC